AGAGCAGGCAUUUAGGUACAUUGCUCACUUUGCUUGAUAUGGGCGUAAAAAAAUAUGCACAUGUGAACGAAAGGAGGAAAUUCUGGGAAAUUUGGUUGCCUCACAAAGUGCACGUCAUUUCCUCCUGUGACAAAUGUGCGGUUUCUGUCUUUAAAAAGUUUUAAAGCAGUGUGAUUAUGACAAGUCCGCACAAUUUGCUUGUGAUACCGAGAGGAGAAUGAAUGGUCAUGUAAAGAAUAUGCAUUUUCAGCAGUUAAUGGAAACAGCAGCAACAUUACUCUCUCUCUUGCUGCUUAUGACUGUUGAUUCAACAAAAACUGUGGCAGCAAGCAAGAAUCCGCAGUGUGGGAAUCUCCUGCAGCAGACUUUGAAGAUCUCCAGAAUUGUACACAAAGAAUCUGGUGACCUAAUCAAGAUAUAUAAAGCCGCUCAAGGGGAAAUGUCAGAGCUCUUCUGCAAGGUGUCAGUGAACGACAUCCCUGAUCCCAACAUCUCUGGGCUGGAUCCCCCAGCAAGGAUAGCAAGCAUCUACACGCAUCUCCAAGCUUUCCUCCCACAUUUUAAACGCGUGUACAAGCAGCAGACAGACUUACAAUUCCCUGGGAGCCCUCUCCUGAAAGAGCUCAACACAGUCAGGGGUCGCACUGAGGAUCUGGCCAGUUGCAUAAACACAUUUUAUCAGAGCCUCUUCCCAAACCUGCCCAUACCUCAGCCGGCAGGGGGGCCGACAACACUACCACCAGCUCAGAACGUCUUCCAGCAGAAGGUUUAUGGCUGUGUGGUCCUGAAGACCUACAAGGAUUUCAUGUCAAAUGUUUCCAAAGAACUGAGGAAUCUAAAAAGCAAAGUGUGCAAGAAGAGGACACCAAGGAAUGCAUUCUGAAGAUGACCAGAAAGUGGCCUUACACAGUCAGUUUCCUGAGAAAGACUUUAAAACAAAAGUGAGUGUAAAAGUGGCUGGAAUGUCAAUGCAAGCUUAUUUAUGGUAUUUAAUAUUUAUUUUCUUUUGUGUUAACAGUCAUGCUAUUAAAUGCAACAUAUAUUUAAUUUGCAAAAUGUCAUUGGGAAAAUCCUGUGUUGCUGAUGUAAACUUAUUUGCGCUACACACAAUAAUUAAAAAAAUACU